ACAUCUCUGUCGCAUAAACGCGCCUAAAGUGCGAUGGCGAAUACGAACUGGCCAAUGCCAAACGUUCACCGGUGGCGCCAUUCAAACGUUGAAAGCAACCGCAAACAUGUCUUGUCUGCAGCUUUUGGGCGCCUAUUCCGACGCUGAUGAUGAAGACCAGAAGAACGAAGCCGUGGAUGAAACCUUGAAGUGCCUGCAGAAUAGGGAAAUUGAGCAAACCCAAGUUCUCCAUGACUUCAUCGACGAUUUCGUCGCUUCUCAAGAAUACGCCGAUUAUAUGAGGGAGAAGCGGAACAUCAGCAAAUGCUCGACUGCUACUCAGUGCGACUCUUCUGAGAUAGUGGUGGAGUGUCGGAGGCAGGAGGUCCUCGUCAAGUACCCGCUUACGGCGGCUCAGAAAAAGAUGGUUGCCUUCGAGCGCCACUUUGAGAAAUACGCCGCGAAAAUUCAAAGAGACGCAAAAGUGAAGAAGCAGGAGCGCAGCAUUCAGAUCAUUAAAGGCAAAAUUGCUGAAGCGCGCAAAAUCUUCGAAUGCACCAGGAAGAAGACGCAAACCGAAAAGAGCAAACUCGAGCGUGAUUUAAUGAAAAAGUACUCGGCCAAGUUUGGGAUCGACUUGGACUCACUGAGCGCCCCGAUGCAGCUGCAGCUGCUGGCCAAAUUCAGGAAAUGCCAUCAGAACAGCACGGAACAAGCAAGGAAACGCCAGGAGAACUGGAUCCAUAUCUUGGAGAAGCUGGUGCAGGAGUACAAGCUGAAAAAACCCCCCCAUCAACCAUCAAAGCCCCAGCCCAGGCUGGUGGAGCGGGUUUUUGACUUGAUGAUUGUGGGCACUAAAAUACAGCAACCCCAGGCCCACCCAGUGGCUGCUGAGGUGGAACCGAGUGUCGUCCUUGAAGCUGAAGAGGUGGUGAGCUCCAAGAAAGGCCAAGCGAAGAAGCAAAAGGCCCCCAAGCAGAAGCCCAAGACGCCCAAAGUGAAGAAGCCGAAAACCAAGUCGAAGAAGCAGAAACCCGCUAGCAAACUGGUGCUGCCCACCAUUCCUCUGGGGAACCCGCGGGAGAAGCUGCUGCCCGCAAACAUCCCCGACUUAGUGGACUUGAUCGAGGAAUUCGGGGUUCUGGAGUGUGCCAUGGAAAAUCGGGACUUGAACCGCUCGCAUCAGCAUGCUGAAGUUGAAGACAGCGGCCUCAGUUGGGAACCAUCCUUAGUCCGAUUCGAGAACUUCAGCCAGAACCAGCUCUAUAGAAGAACUGUGACCGUUCGGAACGUGAGUGGGCACAUCAGGAAGAUCAGGUUCCUUCGGCUGGAUUUCCCGGAUGCCUUUGACCAAGUGGCCUUCAGCGUGGAGAGCUCGGGAAUCCAGAAGCUCUACACUGGAUGUGAAGCGCGUUUUUCCGUGCUGUUUGAGCCCUUUGACGGUGUCAGAGCGUACUCAGGCAAACUGGUGCUUCUGAGCCUGGACACGCAACUCUGUGAGUACUCCAAGCUGGAAAUCCCCAUCCAGUGCGUCCCAAAGCAUUGCCAAUUGAGCAUCGAGCGCAAGUCGGUGCACUUUGGCCGGAUCCCCAUCUGGAAAGCCGAUGAUCGGGGGAGUUUCCAGCUAGUCAAGGCACUGGUGGUUGAACAGUUGCUUUGCGCCACUAACUGCCUCCUUUGCAGUUCACCAAUCAGGGCCUAAAGGCGUGCACUGU